AUGGCGUUUGUGAUCUUCAGAAGGUUGAGGAGGUUGAUCGCCGCUGCAGUUGGGGAGGGGGCUGUUGUGGGUCCUGGGACUAAAGCGAAGAAACAAAGCGGUUCACGAGCCGAGAAUGCCUCUGAAGUAUGUCAAGAUGAAUCGCUGACUUGCGGGGAACUUGUAGACAAAUACCUGUGUCCAUCGAGAAUAAGGACGCUGUUGCCGGAACUCUUGUUCAAGGCACUGUUUCUUAAAAGGAAUGUCCCGCACAUGCUCAUUUCCAACCUGCCGGAUUAUCGCGAGUGCAGCUACACUUUGAACGACAUCGUCCAGCAACUUAUUCCAUAUACAGUUGGCUGCUCUGAAAGAUUAAUCUAUGCCUUUCCUCAGUCGCGUUUGGCAUUCAUCUGUGCGCCAUCAUGUAAGCUUGUGCCGAAGCUAGUGGAAGCCUGUCAAAAGAAAGAGUUAAAGUUACAUGGUUGUGACCUUGCUUGCAACGCCAUAGAGCCCCCAUUUCUAAUGAGACCGCUUGGGUUUUAUAACUGGCUGAUGAAGCUGAUUGGUGACAGCGUGGUUCGUGAUGGAGAGAAAAUAGUCCUCAUCAAAAACAUUUCACGGACAGAUUCCCAGAAGUUGAGAGAAACUUUGAAAGAAGUUGGUAUUCAUUCUGUCAGGAACUUCCUCCCUCUGCUCGAAAAGGUAUUUAUAGAAUUCGAUCUCCAAGCUGAUGUUGAUCGACUCGGAGCUUGGUACAGUCAGAACGGAAACCCCUGCCACGAAAUCCACAGACUAAAAAAGUUUUUCCCAAAAAUGCUUCCACAAAGUGGAAACAAACCGCAAGAAGAACCUGGAAGUUUUUUUCUCACUCUGAAGAGUCACCCCUUCAUGUUUCCUACCACGACUCCUACCUUUGUCAUUCCUGAUUACCUGACAGUCAGAGGACAGGACGACAUUGAGAAGGCCAGUGGUAGUGGCUCCAUGUUUCCCACCAUCAUGUUGACGGGUCUACCAGACGGAUUCUACAAAUACGAGGAAGUGGCAAGGUUGUUCCUGAGCUAUUUCCCCCAACAGGACCUGGACUCCCUGUACUACAACGUGCUGAUCUUACCGCUGCAGAAGAGGGCCUUUGUGUUAUUCGCUGACUGGACGAUGUGCUGCAAAUUUGCUCAAAGUCACAUCUCAAAACCAGUCAUGUUCGGAUGCCACACAAUCAACAUUCACUUCGUCUUGGAACCAAUACUUCCUGCAUCCAGUGAGGAAAUGAUGUACACGACUAUGAUGAAGUUAAGCGACGGUAGAGUUCCAAAGCCAGAGUUUCUGCAGGAGCGCUUGUUGCGUGUGCAGUUUCGCGAUUGCCAACGAGUCGUCAUCACCGCGGUUUUGGAUCUCAUUGUCUCCGCUGCGCCAUACGUCAACUUCCUGACGCUGGCCAACAGGAUGUACAUUGAGAUGGCCGACUCCAGUGGUGUUACUAAAGUGUUUGAGGAGCUCCAAGCUAUCCCGCCAGUCGCACAUUGGGAUCAAGUUCAAAGUAUUGAAUC